UGGACCCCAGCGCUCCGGCGGCUAGGCGGCUGCGCUGCAGGCCUCUCCUGGGUCCCGGCGACAUCCAGGGAGGUCAGCCCCACCCCGCAGCCGCGCCAGCCCGGAGCUGCAGGGGAAGGACGCUGGGCUGGAGGAGCCCCCAGCCAGAGGCAUGGAGUGUCCUCGGUGCCAGCACGUCUCCCAGGAGGAGGCCCCCCGGUUCUGUAGCCAGUGUGGAGAGAGGCUGCCUCCUGCAGCCCCCAAACCAGAUCCUGAGGGUGACUCAUUGGUGGCCCCAGCCCUGGAGGAAGAGAUGGAAUGCGGGGACACACUGAAGGAGGACGGGGACACACUGAAGGAGGACGGGGACCUGCCCUUGUCCCCGGACUCCAGCGGCUGGCAGGAAAAUGCAGCUGAGCCUGGUUCUGAUGACGACAGGUCCUGGACCCUCCAGAGAAGCAAGAGGAAGAAGAGGAGGAAGAAUCAGGGCGCUUCUGCCUCCGUGCCGGGUGCCUCCAGUCCCCAGAGUCCGAAUUCACCUUCUUGCCCUGGGUCCCAGGGCACAGCCCCGGCCCAAAGCCCAGCCCAGCAGGCUGCUCCAGCUAACCAGCCCGGGCAGCCCCUGGGUACAGGGGUGACGCUGCUGGAGGGGGCCGGGCCCGUCACACGCGCGGAAGAGAGUGGCAGCCCUCUGCAGGGACAGCCUGCCCAGGACAGGGGAGCGUCCGCAGGAGAGGAGGCUCGGGGCAGCGCAGCCCCCCAGGACCGUGCAGAGGGAAGGGGCCUCCAUACCUGCACGCCCCCUGGGGACAGAGGCCUCUCCCAGGAGGUGUCUGACCCGCAGAGCUCUGCCUGCGAAGCCCACCCUAAGGCUGAAGGUGCUGCCCAGGGGCUCCCACUGCCCGAGUCCAAAGGGGACUCUGAGCCUCAGAAGGAAGCCCAGAGGGCCAGGCAGCAGGCGGGGUGCCCAGCCUCUGGGGGCGUUGAUGCUGCGGCUGAGCCAGAUGGUCCAGUUGACAGGGCUGGGAAGGCAGUGGACGAUCAGCCUCCGUCAGCGAGCCAGCCCCCGGCGGGUCCCCCUGCUGCCAAGGAGCACCGCCAGGAAGCCCAGACCAAGGAUGGGUCGGCUGCUUCCGGGAAAAAACGAGGUGAAAACAUCUCGGAGCCCAAAGACCCAAGGAAGCCGGAAGGGACUGGCAGAAGUCAUGCGGCCGCCGUGAAAAAGGAGAAGGAGCAGCAGAACCGGCAGGCCAGCCCGCUGAGCCCGGAGGAGGGCGUCACUGUGUACUUCCACGCCAUCCUCUCCAAGGACUUCGCCUUCGACCCCGAGCUGCACACUGUCUUCGUCAGGGGAGGAGAAGGGCUGGGCCGGCCCGCGUGGAGCGACGCCUGCGAGAUGUACUACGUCCAGGACUUGCACGAGAACGGGUCCCUCAUCGAGGGCAGCAUUGUCAUUCCCAGGCAGAGCCUGGACAAAGCCAUCCCUUACAAGUACGUCCUUCACCGCGGUCGCGGCCCCGACCCCACUGUGGAGUACGAGUACAUCUACAAGCCCCCGCAGAAGGCGGGCGAGCACGUGAACCGCUGCCUGUGCGUCAGGUCCUCCCUCCUGUGCUCCGGAGACUGGCAUCAAUAUGAUGACAUAAUAUGCAUGAGGCCCCCUGGGAAGUUCCAGAAGUUCCAGAGCUUCUUCACGGACAAGAUCAAGAAGGACCUGGUGAGGGGGAAGCAGCUGGCGGCCGAGACCAUGCUGGGCCGCAUCCUCAGCGUCCUCCAGACCUGGAACCCCGUCAACCUGAGGAGCUUCUUCAGCCUGUUCCGGCAGUUUUUCUCUGUCGUCCGGGUGCCUAUGGUUUACGAAGGGAAAGCAGCACAGCCCUGGAUCAGCCUGAACCUCGGAGAGGCAGAGGUGAAGAAGCACCUGUGGAAGUAUUUGAAAAAGCAGCUGGGGCUGAGUCUGGAAGGAAGGAGCGGGGACGCCCUGCCUGAAGGCUGCCCCGUGAGGAGCAGACUGAGGAGGGGCCUGCUCCUCCUCUUCCUGGUGGAGGACACCAGACUCUACCUGCCGGAAGGGGACCUGACCUCCCUGUGCUCCGUCCUCUGCCCCAGCACCUGCUCCCCGGACGCCCUGCACGGCGACCUCUGCGACUUCCUGGUCACGUCUGAGAGAUGGCGAGAGUACUUAGUUGACCUGUGCCAAAGGUGCAUGGAUGCCAAGGUGGUGGACUGGCUAGGUGUCCUCCCUGUCCUGCACUACUGCAUGCAGCUGGAGCCUCCCAGGAAGGACCUGGUGAGCCAGCCUGCGGACGUCUGGGCUGCUCUCGAGGGAAUCCCCUUCUUGAAGUUUCAGGAAAAAACGCUAAACGAGAGCCAGCUUCUUCACUUCAUGGAGAGCAGGAAGCAGUUGCUGCAGGUGGAUGAGUACCUCUUCCGAUCCUGGUUCAGUUUGCUGCCUCUGGGAAGCCUGGUUCCCUACAUGGAAAACACUACCGAAUACUUGAGCCUCGCGCCUGCCCGGGUCCUGGACUGUUUUCUAGGGACUCUCUACAGGCUGCAAGGGCUUCAGGAGAUCUCUUACCAAAAUGUGGAGGAUGUCGAGAAUGUUUUCAAAAUGCUGAGGAGCCUCCUGGAGAUCUACCAGGACAGGAUUCCUGGGGUGACCUUAUUGGAGUCCUAUUCGACUGUGUGCCUGAAACUCCAUGAAGCUGUCUGCAAGCUCACCACUCGCCCCAAUUUUUACGAGAUGCCCGCCUUGUCUGCUGAGAUCGUUUGUGGAGUCAUUGGACUGAGACCUCUAGUGGACGCAGCGCAGGACCCGGGAUCUGCAGCCGGGAAGGGCUCACUGACAGGCAUCCUCCAGGGCGUCCUGGCCACCACGAGGUCCUGGCUGGGCAGAGUGUUCGCCAGGAGCAUGUUCCUGAAGCACACAGUCGUCCAGUUCACGUACCCCGAGGAGAUCCAGGUCUGGCGGCGGCUGGUGGGAAUAAACUUCCCUGCAGGACAUGGCUGGAAGGAGUCGCUGCUGGGGGACAUGGAAGGGAGGCUCAAGCAGGAGCGGCCUCUCUGCCAGAUCUCUGUCUUCUGCAGCACUCUCUGGGAUGCAGCUGGCCUCGAGGACAGUGUGGCCAGGACCUUUGAGAAGUGUGUCAUCGAAGCUGUGAGCUCCGCCUGCCAGUCUCAGACCAGUAUCUUGGAGGGAGUCUCUUGUCAUGAUCUGCAGAAAUUUGGCAGCCUUGUGUCUGCUGUGGUCACCAAGUCCUGGCCCAGGAACAACGGAGAGGCGGUGGAAGGCCUGGAUGAGAUUCUUGAACACCUGCUCACGGGGCCAGAUGUGAAGCAGCUCUUCAAGUUGUACGGGACGGACGAGAAGCUCUUAGCCAACCUCACGGAGGACGCCAAGAAGUUGAUGGCUGCUGCAGGCUCUGUCUUCACCAAGGUGGCUGCUGACGUCCUGGCGGGGUCCGUACUGGUCGGACAGCUGGAGCUGAUCCUGAAGCACCAGAGGCGGUUUCUGGAUCUGUGGCAGUUAGAGAGGAAAAGCUCUUCAUUCCAAGAGAAGAACUGUGACAUGAAAGAGACCCUGGACUGGAGGAAGGGCGAAGUCCUGUUUCUGAAGAGGGAGAAGAGACAGGUGGACAGCCUCCUGCGGCUGUGCGGGAAGGUCAAGCACCUCGUGCAAGUGGAUUUUGGAGAGAUUGAAGCAAGACACUCAGAAGACCUGAACUGCAAGAGACUGGACGAAGCUGUAAGUGUGAGCCAGCCGUCAUCCUCGCCCUCCAAGCCGAUGACACACUACAAGCUGGACCCCCGGGUCCAGGAAAUGGCUGGAAGGAUAGACUCGCUGAUGGACAGUCACAUCUUCCAGCUCUUCUGGGAAGAAGCCGCAGAGUCACUGAGUGAUCCCAGAGGGGAAUCUGAAAGGCAGACUCUUGAACUUCUUGAGGCCUUUGAGUUCUUAUACUCACCUUGUUACCAAAAGUUUGUGAGACUCUACCAGGACCUGAAAUCAGGAGAGGUCACCUUUGCAGAAAUUGAUGUCAUCUUCAAGGACUUUGUAGAUAAAUACAAUGACCUGAUUUCAGACCUCCACGUCAUGUGUGAAUUAGACCCCCAGGCCAAGAAGGGCUGGAUCUCGGAGCGCGUCGAACAAAUCAAGGAGUACCAUAGCCUACACCAGGCCAUCAGCUCGGCCAAGGCCAUCUUGCAGGUCAAAAAGAAUUUUGGACUGACCGGAGACUUCAGUGUUCUUUACACUUUAAUAAACUUUAGUGAGGACUUCGAGGCCACGCGCCAUGAGAAGCUGGACCAGAUCAGCCCGCAGCUCAUCCAGGCCAAGAAGCUGCUGCAGGGCAUCAGUGAGCCCCGCCGCCAGUGCCUGGAGGAGCUGGCCCUGCAGCAGGAGCUGGUCAGCUGGCUGCACGGGGCGCUGGGAGGCCUCAACGAGCUCAAGGUGUUUGUGGACCUGGCCUCCAUCUCGGCCGGGGAGAACGACAUCGACGUGGACCGGGUGGCCUGCCUCCACGAUGCUGUGCAGGGCUAUGCAUCCCUGCUGUACAAGCUGGACACACAGGCGGGCUUCAGCGAGUUCAUGGAGCUGCUGAACGAGCUCUGGAAGGCGCUGAGAAACGACCCCCACCUGCCUAGUAAGCUGCGAGAUUCUGCCAGGAACUUGGAGUGGCUGAAGACAGUGAAGGAAAGCCACGGAUCCAUCGAGCUCUCGUCCCUGUCCCUGGCCACAGCAAUCAACAACAGCGGUGUCUACAUGAUUGGGGCGUCCACAGACGACCAGAAGCUCUCCGCAGACGCUGUGCUGCGCCUGUUCCUCCCUGGAGGUCACAGUGGCCUGGAGACGCCGUGCUACUACUCUCUGGAAGAGCUGAAGGAGCUUCUAAACAAGCUGAUGCUGAUGUCUGGCAAGAAGGACCAGAAGAAUGUGGAAGUGGAGACGUUUUCUGAGGUGUUCUGCCUGGUGCAGCGGCUCGUGCAGGCCUUCAUGAACCUGUACUCUGCGGGAAACAUGCUGUUCCGGACCUGGACUGCCCAGGUCUCCUGCUGCCCCACUCGGGGCUUCUCCAUCCACAUGGACUUCCACUUGGAGUUGGUAAGCCAGCUGUCAGCACUGGGGGACGUCACCGAGCUCCUGGAAGCCCUCUGCAGGCAGAUGGAGAGCUUCCUGGGCGACUGGAAGGCGUUCGUGACCCGGAAGCGAGCGCGGCACUUCUACCUCAACUUCUACACGGCCGAGCAGCUGGUGCUCCUGAGCACCGAGCUCCUGAAGGAGAGCCCGAGCGGAGCCGCCCUCACCAUGCUGUCCUUCAUCAAAGGCAACUGCACCCCAGCCGACGUCCAAAGGGCCACCGCGGAGUGCAGGGAGGCCACCAGACACCACGCGAGGACGGUGACGGAAAAAAUACCACUGCUGCUGUCCUCUGAGGGCAGCCUGGUGGCCAAGCUGAGGGUCAUCAUGGAACAGUCCCUGAAGUACAUGAGCGCCUUUCUGCCUGGCUACCUGGACCUGGAGGCCCUCGGCCGUUGUCUGGCUCACCUGGCCAGGAUGGACGGGCCUCCCGUGGAGCGGUCUCUCCCUGUGGGCCUGCAGGCCGGCCAGCCCAACCUGGUCCUGUGUGGGCACUCUGAGGUGCUGCUGGCUGCCCUGGCCAUCUACAUGCAGGCCCCGGGCCAGCCCCUGCCCACCUUCGAUGAGGUGCUGCUCUGCACCCCGGGGACCACGUUUGAGGAGGUGGCCCUGCUCCUGCGCCGCUGCCUGGCCCCCGUUUCCCAGGGGCACAAGGUCUACAGCCUGCUGUUCGCAGACCAGCUGAGCUACGAGGUGGGCUGCCAGGCGGAGGCGCUGUUCCGCAGCCUGUGCACACAGUGCUGCCGGGAGGACUACCAGCUGGUGCUGGUCUGCGACGCGGCCCGGGAGCGCUGCUACCUGCCCUCCGCCUUCAGCCAGCACAAGGUCCACCUCGUCCCCCAGGCGCCCCUCCACGCCAUCCAGGCCUACCUGGCCCGUCACUUCCAGGUCCCGGCACAGACCCCGUCAGCAGCCGCUGUGUUCAAAGACCGGAUGUGUGUGGGCAUCGUGGCCUCGGAGAGAGCCGGCGUUGGGAAAUCUCUCUAUGUGAAGAGAUUGCAUGAAAAACUGAUGAAGUUCAACAGUAAAAAGGUGCCCUUAAAGAUUAUUCGGUUAACUGAUGCGCAGGUGGAUGAGAGCCGCAUCCUGAGCUCUCUCCUGCCUUUCUUGGAUGCUCAGUAUCAGAAAAAGCCCAUGAUAUUCCACAUCGAUGUGACCACUUCGGUACAGACUGGAACUUGGGUCUUUCUUUUCAAACUCCUCAUUUUACAAUAUCUAAUGGAUAUAAGUGGGAAAAUGUGGCUCCGGAACCCCUGCCAUUUAUAUAUCAUUGAAAUUCCAGAAGGAAGUCCAGUACCGCCAAAGAGGUCCUCAAAGCUGAAUCCACAUGUCCCCCAGUUUAGUUUUCUUGACAUCUUUCCCAAAGUCACCUGCAGACCUCCCAAAGAAGUGAUAGACAUGGAGCUGAACCCCGAGAGGAACUUUGUGGAGCCUGGAAUGGACCAGAGGGAGUUCCGCAGUGCCACUUUCCAAAGACCUUACCAAUAUUUAAAACGGUUCCAUCAGAAACAAAACCUAGACACAUUUCAAUACCAAGAAGGCUCUGUCGAAGGCACCCCGGGGGAGUGCAUCCAGCACCUCCUCAUAUACUGUGGGGUCAUCAACCCCUCCUGGUCAGAGCUCCGGAACUUUGCUCGGUUCCUCAACUGUCAGCUCAAGGACUGUGAGGCCUCUGUGUUCUGCAAUGCAGGCUUUACCGGAGACACACUGCGGGGCUUCAAGAACUUUGUGGUCACCUUCAUGAUCUUCAUGGCAAGAGACUUUGCCACACCAACACUUCACACCUCUGACCAGAGCCCAGGGAAGCUCACGGUCACCAUGGAUGGGGUCGAUGAGGAAGAGCUUGCCCCCUUCACUCUCCGAAGGAGGUGGGAGUCAGAGCCACACCCCUAUGUGUUCUUCAAUGGUGACCACGUGACCAUGACAUUCAUAGGCUUCUAUCUCCAGCCCAAUGAGAAUGGCAGCAUUGACGCCAUCAACCAUCUCAAUGGGAAGAUCAUCAAGAAAGAUGUCAUGACAGCAGAACUGUACCGGGGGCUGUCGCUCCAGAGGGUGCCCUUCAACGUUGACUUUGAUAACCUGCCCCGACAUGAGAAGCUCCUGAGACUCUGCUUGGCACUAGGAAUCCCGUGGGCCAUUGACCCCGAUGAGACAUACGAGCUAACAACAGACAACAUACUGAAGAUUCUGGCCAUCGAAAUGCGGUUCCGGUGUGGGAUCCCAGUUAUCAUCAUGGGAGAAACAGGCUGUGGGAAAACCAGGCUCAUUAAGUUCCUUAGUGAUCUGCGGCGUGCCGGAGCCCAGGCUGAGACCAUGAAGUUGGUCAAGGUCCAUGGAGGAACCACGGCAGCCAUGAUCCACUCCAAAGUCAGGGAGGCUGAGAAUAUUGCUUUCUCCAAUAAGGGCCAGCACCAGCUGGACACCAUCUUGUUCUUUGACGAAGCCAACACAACAGAAGCCAUAAGCUGUAUUAAGGAAGUCUUGUGUGAUCGGACUGUGGAUGGCCAGCCCCUGGAGGAGGACUCAGGCUUGCAUAUCAUAGCUGCCUGCAACCCCUAUAGGAAGCACACCCAGGAGACCAUCCGCCGUUUGGAGUCAGCUGGUUUGGGAUACAGGGUCGGUGCAGAGGAGACCACAGACAGGCUGGGCUCCAUCCCCCUCAGGCAGCUGGUAUACCGUGUGCACGCCCUGCCCCCGAGCCUGAUUCCUCUGGUGUGGGACUUCGGCCAGCUGAACGACACUGCCGAGAAGCUCUACAUCCGGCAGAUUGUGCAGAGACUGGUGAACCACGUCAGGGUCAGCGAGGGUGAGACGCAAGUGAUCACGGAAGUGCUCGCUGCCUCCCAGAGGUUCAUGAGGGACACUGAAAAUGAGUGCAGUUUCGUUAGCCUCCGGGAUGUGGAGCGCUGUGUGAAAGUGUUCAUGUGGUUUCACGACCACAGCAAGAUGCUCUUGGUGAAGCUGGACACCUUUCUCCGCGAGACCGGUGUCAGCAAAAAUAACUUCAGGAGAGACCCUGUCCUCUGGUCCCUGGUGCUGGCCGUGGGGGUCUGUUACCAUGCCUCCCUAGAGGAGAAAGAGUCCUACCGCAGAGCCAUUUGCAGGUGCUUUCCAGAACCCUAUGACGACAGCAGGGUCAUCCUGGAUGAGGUCAUGCACACACAGGACCUUUUUCUGAGCGGGGUGCCUCUGAGGAAAACCAUAGCCAGGAACUUGGCCUUGAAGGAGAAUGUCUUCAUGAUGAUCAUCUGCAUUGAGCUCAAGAUCCCCCUCUUCCUGGUGGGGAAGCCGGGCAGCUCCAAAUCCCUUGCCAAGACCAUCGUGGCGGAUGCCAUGCAGGGCCAGGCUGCGCACUCCGCUCUCUUCCGCAGCCUGAAGCAGGUCCACCUGGUGUCCUUCCAGUGCAGCCCCCACUCCACCCCGCAGGGCAUCAUAAACACCUUCAGGCAGUGUGCUCGCUUCCAGCAGGGGAAGGACCUGCAGCAGUACGUGUCUGUGGUGGUGCUGGAUGAGGUCGGCUUGGCCGAAGAUUCUCCCAAAAUGCCCCUGAAGGCUCUGCACCCCCUGCUGGAAGACGGGUGCAUCGAAGACGAUCCGGCCCCCCACAAAAAAGUCGGCUUCAUAGGCAUUUCCAAUUGGGCCCUUGACCCCGCCAAGAUGAACCGGGGCAUCUUCGUGACCCGCAGCAGCCCCAGUGAGGAGGAGCUCAUAGAGAGCGCCCGGGGGAUCUGCUCUGCAGACAGCCUGGUGCAGGACAGGGUGCGGGUGUACUUCGCUCCCUUUGCCAAAGCUUACGAAACCGUGUGCCAGAGGCAGGACAAGGAGUUCUUCGGGCUCCGUGACUACUACAGCCUCAUCAAGAUGGUCUUCGCCACCACCAGAGCAUCCAAGAGGAAGCCUUCCCCGCAGGACAUCGCGCGGGCCGUCCUUCGGAACUUCAGCGGCAAAGACGACAUCCCCGCCUUGGACAUCUUCAUGGCCAGCUUACCUGCUGCCGGGGACGUGACAGAAGUGGGCACCCUGGAGCUCAUCAAGCAGAACAUUUGUGGGAAUCUGCAGGGGCUGGCGGCCGGGGAGCUGGAAGACGCCGAAUCCCGCUACUUGCUGGUGCUGACCAAAAACUACGUGGCCCUGCAGAUCCUGCAGCAGUCGUUCUUCAGUGAGGACCAGCAGCCCGAGAUCAUCUUCGGGUCCAGUUUUCCCCGGGACCAGGAGUACACCCAGAUCUGCAGGAACAUCAACCGGGUGAAGAUCUGCAUGGAGACCGGCAGGGUGGUGGUGCUGCUGAACCUGCAGCACCUCUACGAGAGCCUGUACGACGCUCUCAACCAGUACUACGUCUACCUCGGGGGCCAGAAGUACGUGGACCUGGGGCUCGGCACCCAUCGCGUCAAGUGCCGGGUCCACCCGGACUUCCGCCUGAUCGUUGUCGAGGAGAAGAGCGUGGUGUACGAGCAGUUCCCCGUGCCCCUCAUUAACCGGCUGGAGAAGCACUACCUGGACAUCAGCUCCGUGCUGCAGAGGUGGCAGAAGGACAUCGUGCGGGCGCUCACGCGCUGGGUGCAGGAGUUCGCCGACGUGAAGGCCCAUUCCUUCCUCGGGGGGCACAAGUACAGCCCGGCCGACGUCUUCGUCGGCUACCACUCGGACGCCUGUGCUUCUGUGGUGCUGCAGGCCGUGGAGAGGCAGGGCCCCCGGGAGCUGACGGAGGAGCUGUACCACAGGGUGUCCGAGGAGGCCAAGCUGGUCCUGCUGGACUGUGCCACGCCGGACGCCGUGGUGCGGCUGGGCGCCUCCGCGCUGGGCUCCUUCGCGGCGCAGACGCUGUCGCGGGAGUACUGGAGCCGGCAGCAGCACCACUGCUUUGCGGAUUUCCUCCGGGCCCACCUGUGCGCCGCCAACCAGGAGCGCCACGCCCUCUUCACAGAGGUCACCACCUUCUCCAGACUGCUGACGAGCGUCGACGGUAAGGCCCUAGAGGAUGACGUGAGCGACUUGGCCCUGAAGCCCGUGAUCCUGUCCCUGCAGCAGUUUGACACCGAGUACUCGUUCCUCAAGGAAGUCCGGAGCAGCUUAGUGAAGACAGCCAAACGUCAGAUCCUCAUUUUCCAGAUGGAUUUUGACGACGGCACUCGCAGUGCCCAGCUCCUUGCGUCAGCUAAGUAUUCUGCUAUCAACGAAAUCAACAAGAUACAAGGGACGCGGGGCUGCGUCUUCGUCUAUUUCAUCACAAAACUGUCCCGGAUGGGGAGUGGAGCGUCCUAUGUGGGGUUCCACGGAGGGCUGUGGAGGUCUGUGCAUAUCGACGACCUCCGGAGGUCCACAGUCAUGGCCUCCGAUGUGACCAAGCUGCAGAGUGUCACCAUCAGCCAGCUCUUCAUGCCAGGAGACGGCCCUGCGCCGGAAGGCAGCCAGGAGGAGGCGAUGGAGGCAGAGACCAGCAAGGCAGGGGAGGUGGCAGAAGUGGAAAUGGAAGAGGAAGGACCCGAGGAGAUGGAGUGUGCAGCCUCGAACCUGAGGAGCGGUGACGCUCAGGUCCUGGACAGCACCAGCCUGCUGAGGAGCUGUGUGCAGAGUGCCGUGGGGCUGCUCAGGGACCAGGAGAGCUGCACGCGCAACAUGAGGAGAGUCACCGUCCUCCUGGGCCUCCUGAGCGGAGACAGCGGGUGCAGUGCCUCCUUCCUGCGGAUAGCCAAGAUGCGCCUCCACGUCCUUCUAAAGAAGCAGGAGGAGAACCAGCUCUGCAGUCAGGAGUGGGUGGCGCGAGAGGCUGCAAAUCAGGACGCACUCCAGGAGGCCGGCACCUUCAGGCACGCCCUUUGGAAGCGGGUCCAAGGUGCGGUCACCCCUCUGCUGGCGAGCAUGGUCGCACUCAUCGACAGAGACGGCAACCUCGAGCUUCUGAUCAGACCAGACUCCCCAGCCUGGGCCCAGGACCUGUGGAUGUUUAUUUUCAACGACACUAAGUUCCUGAGCAUUCCGCUUGUGGGGAGUGACAUAAGAUCCAGGAGUGAGAUGUCCUCCAUCGUGGUGCAGAACCACAUGAGCCUUCCCGAGGGAGCUUCCAACGGCGUCCCGUUCAGCUGGAGAAUCAGGGACCAUCUGGAAGAGCUCUGGGUCCAGGCCCAGUACAUCACAGAUGCAAAAGGACUGUCGGGGAAGUUAGUGGAAAUCUUCCAACAGACCCCCCUGGGCAUGUUUCUUGCCGGGCUUCCUCGAGAUCAGCAGCAGGAGCUGGUACAGUGUUACUCGAGGGACUUCCUGCUCUUGACCAUGAGAGUGUCCACCUGUGAGGAGCUGAAGUUUCUGCAGAUGGCACUGUGGUCCUGCAUCUGUGAGCUGCGAGCAGCUUCAGGGCGGCCUGAGGACCGGCUCUGCUUGCCGUGGGUGCACCUGGCCUAUCAGCAUUGCAGGACCCGGCUGCACAACUUCUCCAGAAUCUUGACCAUCCACCCGCAGGUUCUGCAGAGUCUCACUGAAGCCGUCCAGAAGCACGACGCGGCUGGCAGUGAGAUGACGCUGGAUGUGUUUGCGGCAAUGGCCUGUGUUGAAAUGCUGACCAGAGACACCCUGAAGCCCAGUCCCCAGGCCUGGCUGCAGCUGGUGAAGAAGCUGUCCAUGCCGCUGGAGCUCCUCUGCUCUGAGGGGUACUUGCGAGACAGCGGGCCCAUGGCCAGGGCCGUCGCUGUGGAGGUCAGGAGGCAGUGGGACCGGGUCUUGCCCGUGGCGCUGUUUGUGGAGCACGUGCUCCUGGGCACCAAGAGCCAGGUUCCGGAGCUGUGCCAGCUGGUGACCAAGUGCGUCUUCUCGCUGGACAAGUGUCUUCAAGAGAACUCCAACCUCAAGACCCACAGGCCUUUCGCAGCUGUGAUGACCACUCUCUGCCAGUGCAAGGAGCAGGCCAGCAAGAGCCUGGCCAGGUUUGGAGUGCAGCCGUGCCCCAUCUGCCUGGGGGAUGCUCGGGAUCCCGUGUGUCUGCCCUGUGACCAUGUGUACUGCCUGCCUUGCAUCCGGAAAUGGCUUGUCCCUGGGCAGAUGACUUGCCCCUACUGUCUAACCGACUUGCCAGAUGAGUUCUCUCUGACAGUUUCCCAAGAGCACAGGGUAGCCAUUUGGAAACACGCCCAGUUCCGGCAGAUGUGCAACGGCUUCUUCGUGGACCUGGUCUCCAGCGUGUGCUUCAAAGACAAUACCCCUCCUGAGAAGGGCGUGAUCGACGGCCUGCUGUCUCUGCUCUUCGUGCAGAAGGAGCUCCUGAGAGACGCUCCCCAGCGUCACCGGGAACACACGAAGCGUCUCUCGCCGUUCGAUGACGCCGUGGAUAAGACUCCUGUCAUCCGCUCCGUGGUGCUGAAGCUGCUCCUGAAGUACAGCUUCCGUGACGUGAAGGAUUAUAUCCAGGCCUACUUGUCCCUGUUAGAGAAGAAGGCGUUCAUCACCGAGGAUAAGACCGAGCUGUACAUGCUCUUCAUCAACUGCCUGGAAGAUUCCAUUCACGAGAAGACCAGUGCUCACUGCGAGAGCAGUGAACUCAGCUGCCUGAAGAAGGAGGGCCACUUCCUACAGACCUGCUCCUCAGGGAGCCGCGGCCAGGGCCCUGCUGCUGCGGCGUCCGUCGAGUACCUGCAGGAGGUGGCCAGGGUCCGCCUGUGUCUCGACAGGGCUGCUGACCUGCUGGUGGAGCGUCAGGACGGCUCAGAGCUGGCCGAGGAACAGCGGUGCUACCUGCGUCACGUGGAGCAGUUCUGCACCCGGGUAGGGGACGACUGGCACCGCGUGUACCUGGUCCGGAGGCUCGCGAGCCUGCGCGGGAUGGAGUUCGUGCAGAGCCUCUCCAGGCAGGGCCAUCAGUGCCAGUGGGUCUUUCCCAAGGGAGUCAUCACACAGCAGAAGGACCACACGGGCCAGAUGGACCGAUACCUGGUGCACGGGGAGGACUACAAGGCCCUUCGUGACAUGGUGGGCAAAGCCAUGCUCGAGCGCAAGGCCCGCCCCCUCGGGACUGCCCAGACGGCCUGCAGGAGCCCCAGGGCUCGACAGGAGGUCUACCUGCUGCUGGCACUGUACCGAGAAGUGGCUGCUCUCCACCGCUCCCACAACCCAGACCUGCACCCUAAGCCAGAGCAACGCGAGGCUGUGAGCAAGUUCGUGGAGGACAGCGGGAUCCUGUCUCCCUCCGUCAGACCCUUUGCGACAUCCCUUGUGGCCAACACUUUGCCUUUGCUGAGCGCGGGCCCUGGUGCCGGCAGCCUUGAAGGGACAGUGAUAGAAAUGGCCGUUCACGCUGCGGCUGUCCUUCUGUGUGGACAGAGCGAAGUCUUGGCGCCCCUGAGGAACUUGGCCUUCUCCCCAGCUAGCAUGGCGAAUGCUUUUCUUCCAACAAUGCCUGAAGACCUGCUGGCUCAAGCCCAGAGCUGGGAGGGUCUGGAAAACGUCCAUUGGUACACUUGUCCCAACGGUCAUCCGUGCUCUGUGGGAGAGUGCGGCAGGCCGAUGGAGCAGAGCUCCUGUGUCGACUGCGGUGCUGUAAUUGGAGGGAUCGACCACAAACCCCACGCCGGCUUUCACGCCAUCAGACCCAGCGCAGAUAGAACCAGGACUGGCCAUGUGCUGGGCAACCCACAACACAGAGAUGUGGUAGUGGUGUCUGACCGAGAACUGUCCCCGGUGGUCUUCAUUAUCCUCCGGCUACUCACUCAUCUGGCUAUGCUUUUGGGAGCCACCCAAAGUUCCGAGGCCCUGGUACACAUCAUCAAGCCUCCAGUGAGGGACCCCAAAGGGUUCCUGCAGCAGCACAUCCAGAGAGACUUGGGGCAGCUAACAAAGAUGCUGGGGAAGAGUGCCGACGAGACCACCCAUGUGAUCCACCUCGUCCUGCGCUGCCUUCUCAAAGAGCAGCGUCCACUCCCUGGCCACAGGCAUUUAACUUUGGAUGCACAACUGUCAACCAAGGAACAGAGAAACAAUUGGGAAAAACAUGUCGAAGCUCUUCUUCUACCUGAACUGGAGCAUCUAGAUAAGACCCUGCUGACUGUGAGCACGCUCAUCAGCCAGGAUGAGCGCGUCAGCUCCAACCCCGUGGCCAAAAUUAUAUAUGGUGACCCGGCAAGCUUCCUGCCCCGACUGCCCCAGAGAAGUGUGGUGCACUGCUCCAAGAUAUGGAGCUGCAGGAAGAAGGUCACCCUCGAACACCUCCAGCACGUCGUGGAGCGCAAGAACGGCAAGGAGACGGUGCCCCUGCUCUGGCAAUUCCUGCAGAAGGAGGCAGAACUGAGACUGGUGAAAUUCUUGCCUGAGAUUUUGGCCCUGCAAAGGGAUCUAGUGAAACGAUUCCAGAAUGUUCCAGAAGAUAAAUACAGUUCCAUCAGGAGUUUCAUUAGCAGUCACAGUUCAGAUGGGCUGAGGCAGUUACUCCACAACAGGAUCACUGUCUUCCUGUCCACGUGGAAUGCACUGAGGCGAUCACUGGAGACCAAUGGUGAAAUCAAGUUACCUAAAGACUACUGCAGCUCUGACCUGGAUCUGGACACAGAUUUUGAGGUCAUCCUGCCCCGGCGUCGGGACCUGGGUCUCUGCUCAACCGCGUUAGUCAGCUACUUGAUUAACCUACACAAUGAAAUCAUUCACACAGUGGAGAAGUUCUCCAAGGAAGAUAGCAGCUAUUCCGUGGAUGCCUCUGAGGUCACUGACCUGCAUGUCGUCAGUUAUGAAGUGGAACGGGACCUGAUUCCACUGAUUCUCUCCAAUUGCCAGUACCAAGUGGAGCAAGGUGGGGAGACCUCACAGGAGUUUGACCUGGAGAAGAUCCAGCGGCAGAUCAGCAGCCGCUUCCUCCAGGGCAAGCCCCGGCUGACCCUCAAGGGAAUACCCACGCUGGUGUUCAGACAUGAUUGGAACUUCGAACAUCUCUUUGUGGACAUCAAGAACAAAAUGGCACAGAGCCCCCUCCCCAACUCAGCCACGGGUUCCAUGAGUGGAGAGCUGCAGUCCUACAGCGAUGCCUGUGAAGCUCUGUCUGUCGUAGAGGUCACUCUGGGCUUCCUAGGCACAGCUGGUGGGGAUCCAAAUAUGCAUCUGGAUGUGUAUGUCCGAGACACCCUACGAAUGGGCGAUCAGACGACUCCAGUUUUGAAGGCCUUAAGCAGAUGUCAGCUAAAACACGCCAUUGCCCUCUGGCAGUUCCUCUCUGCUCAUAAGUCGGAACAGCUGCUGCGACUGAAAAAAGAUCCCUUUCGGGAAAUCGAUUCAAGGUACAAAGCAGACCUCAGCCCAGGAAAUACUAAGCUCCUCAGCACCUUCUUGAAUCACACAGACCUGGAUGCUUUCCUCCUGGAGCUCCACGAAAUGAUGGUGUUGAAACUAAGAAACACCCAGACCCAGGACAGCUUCAACCCUGAAUGGAGCCUGAGGGAUACUCUGGUGAGUUACAUGGAAACGAAAGAGAAUGCAGUUCUUCCAGAAGUGGAAUCCCAGUUUCCAGAAGAGAUACUGCUAUCCAGCUGUGUCUCUGUGUGGAAAGCUGCAGCUGCGCGGAAACAAGACCAGCAAGCACGGUAGCACUCUCCACUGUGCCUCUCGGGGCCCUCGACAGGAAAGUGUUGGCACAGCACUGAAUUCAAGGCCAGCAUGCACUGUGAGAGCCAAGCUGUUUCUGGAACACAUGCAAAUUCCAGAACUUUCACGUUAUAUUAUGAAUAUUGUUCAUUAAGUGGUGCGAAUAGCAAUUACUUGAAACUGGAAAUCAGCCACCAUCCUGUGCAUUCAAGGAGGGACAGAAGUGAAGAGUCACGUAAGGGUCACACCCGCAGUGGCCUGCAGCCUCUUCCUCACAUUGCCACAGAGGCAGACGCAGGGGUGUUGGUCUUUUUUCUUCCCUGUUCUAUUCUUCACACACAUAAGAGAAUCUGAUUUUCUUCUCACCCAGUUGCUUAAAUUCUGAGUACUGUGCUCCUAUUUCUUGGGUUCCAAGAAGUGAAAAAAGCACCACUCUUUCUGUCUUAUCACUAACACGAGGAAAGCCGGGUGUGCACACAUGCCUUAAGGCCACACAUCAUGCCGACCCAGACUCCACUGCGAGUCACUGCCAGAUUCCAAAAGGUCAGAGCCAACAACUCUGUGAAGAGCACAGGACUUGGGACACUGCUGAGCUGUGGUUUCCCCAUGAAUAAGAUGGAGUGGACUGACUGCCAAAGCUCCUUCCAUUUCUCGUAUCUUGAGAUUCUAAAUGGAAGUUUGUCAGCGUCCGCUUGGAUCAGAGACAGGCUCUUGGCCAUGCCGUGGGGAGUUUUUGGUUGCCGGACAUCGUACUAUGUAAGCAAGCAGUCUCGGUGUGAUCUCAGCUUCCCUGGGCAUGUGAAUUACUGGUCCUUUCUUUGGGUUUCAACCACACCAUAAAAUCCGAGCCUCAGAGAGUACAAAACCAGUUCCAUUUCUGAAAAAGGGAAAAUAACACCCUGGUCUUGUGCUGCCUUUUUCAUUAUGAAUUUUCUUUCUUUUUGAAACCCACUCUGAUAUCUUGGACCUCUGGAUGAAUUCCUUUUCCUCACAGCUCAGGGAGAUCAGGACUGCAGCCAUCCCCACGUUGGAGGCCAUGUGUUCAUGUACAUUCCAGAAGAGUUGGGGACCCAAUGAACUUGAGCUCAGGCCUGUGUACUACAAAAAUGCAAAAUGGGGGUGAAGGGCACAGCUCAGCAGUAGAGUGCUUGCCUCACACUCACAAGGCCAUAGGUUCGGUCCACAACACCACACACACGUGCACGCACACACACACAAAAGGUUCAGCACAGGGUGUGUGUGCACCUGCAAAGACAGGUGCAGAAGGAGCUGUGCUCACUCUGCUUCUGAGAGUUCUCAGGGUCUGCUGAAGCGCAGUGGCAGACUUCAGGUGGCAGUGCCUUUCACAGAGCAUGUGCUUGCACUGAGUGAGUCACAUGAACAUUCCGGAUAUGCAGAGCCACUCCCCACCCACCACACACCUGCCACCUGGCCUUAGAUGCCUGGACAUUGGGUGCAGCUUGCCAAGGCCAGCAGAUGGCACUCAGACCCACACUGUUCCUCACUGCCACACCUUCACAGGUGGAAUCAGGUGUCAAGCCCUUGAUGUGAAGACCUUUUUUCUCCCUUUUAGCCUGGGCAUUUUUUUUCACUGUUAUGAACUGUUUUUAAUUAAGAUGUUUUACUUUGUGUGCUACACUUCUAAAGCCUUAACUCAUCUGGCAUGAUUUGUACAAUUCACUGGGCUAACACAGGCAAAAGAAAAUUUCAUUAUACUUGCAAUGCUUUUUUAAUAAACUUGAGUUUUGCUGCUAA